AUGGAGCAUUUAUUAUUCAGCUGCAGUCAUGCUCGCAAAGUCUGGAAAUUGAUGAAUAUUAAUGUGGAUGAAGUUCACAGUAGAGGAAUAAGUGUAUCUCAGUGGGUAGAAAGUUGGUUUAUAAAAAAUAAUGGUAUGGAUGAUGAAAAAUUACUACACACUAUGAUGAUAAGUGCUUGGAUAAUAUGGAAAGAUAGGUGCGAUGUGGUAUUCCAGGGAGUUUCUCUAAACCCUUUUGAUUCAAUGCAUAAGAUUCAUUAUCACCUGCAAUCUCAUCUUCCUGACUUGCCUGCAUAUAUGCAUCUUAAUACCACAUAUAGAGUUUCUCAUUGGCAACCUUCCAUGCACGAUACAUUAAAAUUUAAUGUAGACGCCUCCUUUAAUCAUGAUACUAAUCAGCUUGGUACUGUUAUUGUCUUACGUUCACACACAAGUACAUGCGAAGGAAUUAAAGGACGCUUCGCAGAUGGAAUUCUAAGUCCGGAGAUGGGAGAAUGCAUGGAAAUACGUGAAGCUCUUGCGUGGGCUAAAGAGAAGCAGUUCACAAAGAUUCACAUAGAAGCUGAUGCGAAACUGGUUAUUCAGUCAAUAACAAAUAAUGUUCUCCUCAUACAAUGGGAGAAUAGAAAUUUACUUAAGGAGAUAAAACAUUUAAGUUCAAGUUUUUCAAUAUGUAGUUUUUCUUAUGUAAGAAGAGAUGGCAAUCAGGUGGCUGACGCAGUUUCUAGAUCUGUGAGGGAAACAACCAUCAAUUUAGAACUCACAAAUAAUUUCCCUGAAGAUAUAUGUACUCUUCUGGCAAGGGAAUACACCCUUGCUAUCAAUUAA